AUGGGUGUCCAUGGGCUUUGGACCGUUUUGCAACCUUGCGCGCGGCCCAUAAAAGUAGAGACACUGAAUAAGAAGCGCCUAGCGGUUGAUGCUUCGAUCUGGAUAUAUCAGUUCUUGAAAGCUGUACGUGAUAAAGAAGGGAAUGCCCUUCGUAAUUCUCAUGUCGUUGGCUUCUUCCGUCGCAUCUGUAAGCUGCUUUACUUCGGAAUAAAGCCAGUCUUCGUGUUUGACGGUGGUGCACCGAUUCUUAAAAGACAAACAAUAGCUGGCAGGAAGAAACGACGGGAGGGUCGCAGAGAGGAUGCUGUACGAACCGCCGGGAAGCUGCUUGCGGUGCAGUUGCAAAGGUCUGCAGAGGAAGAGGCAGCUAGACGCAGAGAUGGAGCGCCCAGAGAGCAAGAGGAAGUCCCGGAUAAUCCGGUAUAUGUCGAAGACGCUGGUAUGACCGAGAAAGAGAAGCGCCAAGCUCGGUCGUUCAGGAAAAAGGAUGCUUACCAUCUUCCGGAUUUACAUGUUUCACUGGAAGAGAUGGGAGCUCCGAAUGAUCCGCGGAUUAUGUCUCGCGAAGAACUUGAGGAAUAUGCAAAGCAGUUCUAUAGAGGCGAAGACAUUAACCUAUACGACUUCUCCAAGAUCGAUUUCGACAGCCCAUUUUUCAUGAGCCUUCCUGCCACGGAUCGAUAUAAUAUCCUGAAUGCCGCGCGACUACGGAGUCGGCUGCGCAUGGGUUAUUCUAAGGAGCAGCUUGAUCACAUGUUUCCAGAUCGUAUGGCCUUCUCAAAGUUUCAAAUUGAGAGGGUGAAAGAAAGAAAUGACCUUACUCAACGUCUGAUGAAUAUCAACGGCAUGAACGGUGAAGAUGCUUUUUAUAACUCGGGCCAGCGGAUUGCUGGAGAGCGCGGUAAGGAGUAUGUGUUGGUCAAGGACAAUGCCGUGGAAGGUGGCUGGGCACUGGGUGUCGUAGGAAAUAAGGAUGAAGGGCGGGAGCACAAACCUAUCGAUGUCGACCAGUAUGGCAAGCAAGAAAUCUUUCCAGAGAAGGAUGAAGAUUCGGAAGACGAUGGGGGCUUUGAGGAUGUACCCAUAGAAGGCCUCAACCGACUUCCCAAACUUGAGUUCCUUCGGGAAGGCAUCUUCGAUGCUUCGAUCAGACAGCAAAUGCAGGAGAACACUGAGCGAAGGGUCACUCAAGGUCUGCCACAGAGCCACGAAGAUGACUCUCUUUUCGUGCAAGAGGAUGUGCACGAAAGACCACAUCACCAUGGACGUCGUGCUAUUGAUGAAAUAUUUGAGAUGGAUGGAGAGAAUGAAGACGAGGGCCUUCAGAAAGCGAUAGAAAUGUCCCUGAGACCCACGUCUCCUCUGGAUCAACAUGAUAACGACAUGCCGGACAUCUCGAUCAAUCGUAGCAGUGCUCAUCUAGCUCCGCUCAAGGAAACCACACCAAGUUUCAGUCCUGAAAGCGAUGAUGACGGCUUAGACUUUGCAACUGCAUUGGCGCAGUCGAAAAGGACAAAGAAAGACCCAGUCCCGAAUCAUCCUUUUGAUGGGCCUCUUCCUUUUGAGUCUAUCAAGCUUGACAAGCCCUUUAAAACGAAAAAUCCCCAGCAUGAAGAGCUCGAUCAGCAUGCUGGCGGCUUCGAAAAAGAACCAGCAAAGCAGACGAAAGCCGAACAACCGUUACCACCUUGGUUUUCUGGAGGGAGCUCGACUGCCGAGUUCAUUGCCGAUAAUGAUGAUAGCCCAUUGGAAAUUCAUCGGGAUAGCACCAUGACUCCGAACCAUGUUUUCCUGAAAAAUCACCAAAUCCCCAAAGUAAUUGAUGUUGAUAUGCUUCCUGGCUCAGAUGAGGUGAUUGACUUGGAAGCGAACUCCGAGGAGUGCAGACAGCCUCGGGCUACACAAACGCUGAACAAGACAGAAAAUCCGAGAAAGGAUACUACGGCUGUCAUCCGUGAAAUUCCUACGGCAGGUGCUGAAGCUACCAACAUCCCUGGACGAGCCUCUAUUGCAGAGACUGCCCAUGAACCAUCUACUUCCCAUGAUAUAGAGGCUAGUAGGGAUGAGCAGGCAGAUUUGUUGCGUACCCAACCGUCGCUAUCUCCCGAAUUUGAAGAUGUCGAACUACACCCAAAAGAGGCGAUAACCGGCACUGUCGUUCCUGAGAUGGAGUCACAAAGCCAUCAAGUUGAUGAGCUUGAAGAUAUCAUUGGGGAAGAUGAUGGGUUUUCGGACCCAGAAGAUGAGGAGUUAAUGCGACAGCUGGCAGCUGAAGGUGAAGAGCACGUCCGAUUCGCGGCUACGCUGAACUCUACGUCGCACACCGAAAAUACAUUUGAUUACGAGCAGGAGCUCAAACAACUGCGAUCCCAACAGAAAAAGGACCGCAGAGACGCGGAUGAAGUGUCUCAAAUCAUGAUCUCUGAGUGCCAGCAACUCCUAACACUGUUUGGCCUGCCCUAUAUUACUGCACCAAUGGAAGCCGAGGCUCAAUGUGCAGAGCUAGUGGCAUUGGGUCUCGUGGAUGGCAUCAUCACUGAUGAUAGCGAUAUCUUCUUGUUUGGGGGCACACGCGUCUAUAAGAACAUGUUCAACCAAGGGAAAUUUGUCGAAUGCUAUCUAACUUCUGAUUUGGAAAAAGAAUAUGCCCUUCAUCGAAGGAAACUUAUCAGUUUUGCCCAUUUACUUGGCAGUGAUUAUACAGAAGGUAUACCGGGCAUUGGACCUGUGACAGCGCUGGAAAUUCUCACAGAGUUUUCUAACCUGGAGGAGUUCCGUGAUUGGUGGACCCAAGUUCAAAUGGGAAUGAACUUAUCCGAUGGGGAGCAUGCUGCUUUUUACAAGAAGUUCAGGAAGCAGGCUUCUAAGAUUUUCCUGUCGCCUUCUUUCCCGAAUAGCCAGGUUGAUGUGGCAUAUCUCGAACCCGAAGUCGAUUCGGAUCCAUCCCCCUUCCAGUGGGGGGUUCCCGAUCUACAUGGCCUGCGCAAUUUUCUAAUGGCGACGAUCGGAUGGAGUCAGGAACGAACCGAUGAGGUUCUGGUGCCAGUAAUCCGCGACAUGAACCGCAGAGAGCAGGAAGGUACGCAGUCUAACAUCACAGCUUUCUUCCAGGGGCCUCAAGGGGCGGGUGCUUUUGCACCGCGUAGACGGGAAUCGAUGACAUCAGUGAAAUUGAAAAAGAUGCUUUUUGGGUCGCAAUGA